AUGACUGCAUUCAUCAUGGCUAUUCCUGUAAUCUUGUAUGAAGUGCGGUUGAGAGACGAGAGGAGGGACAGAGCAAGUUCCGCUUCACAAAAAAAGGAUGGAGGAGGUGUUCUGAUUGCCGCGAACACCUCACGCAACUCACGACGUUGUCCUCAGCUGGAAUCGGGAGCUGAAGAUAUGUGGAUAGUGAUAGAUGGAAAAAAUGAUGAUAAGUUAGAGCCUCUCCAAGUUGAUGAAAAAGCCAGCAGUCUGAUUGACAUGUUUUCUCUUUUGGAACUUAUGCAUUUCAACUCAAUUCAUAACUUCAAUAAUAAACUGUUCUACUUGAUAUUCAGCAACAAAGAUUUAAACAGGGAUGUGUCUCGGGCAGACGAUAGUUUGGUAGAAGAAGACGGCCACCAUCCAGCCAUCUCGUUUCUUCAUCACUGUGACCAGAUACAGCACUUUCACAAUACAACUCCAGUUACCCAAAAUCCGGAAAACCCAGAUACUAUCGGAGAGAAGCUAAUUUUGCCAGCCGUUGAAGAGGUUUUAAAAACUGUUUUACACAAACCUGCAUCUGAUAUCAUUAAAAAAAUUCCCUUAAGCAACAAUACUGUUGAAAGACGUAUUGAUGAAAUGAGUUCUGAUAUUGAAAGCUUCUUAUGUAAUUAUUUACAAACGACACAUUUCUCUAUACAACUGGACGGGUCAACUUCACCUGAUAAUGCAGCAUUAUUAUUGGCAUAUGUUCGUUUUAUUAUGAAUCAAGAAAUCUACGAAAAACUGCUCUUCGCAAGAACUUUGAUAACCGACACUAAAGGUGAAUCAAUAUUUCAUGAUUUGAAGGAUUACUUCAUUGAAAAACCAAUUCCUUUAUCGAAUAUAAUAUCAGUAGCUACAGAUGGAGCACCUGCCAUGGUUGGACGUUAUCGUGGAUUUAUAAGCUAUUUAAAACAAAAUGUGUCAGGGGUGUUAGCAAUACAUUGCGUCAUCCAUCGACAACAUUUAGUUGCCAAAAAUUUGAGUGUUAGAUUGCAUGAAUCACUUCAUUUAGUCAUUGAUGCAGGAAACCGAAUCCGAAUCAACGCGUUGAAUACGCGACCUAGUUUUACUGGUAAAACUCACAGGAGUGCUUUUCCAAACAUUCUCUUCGUCCUUUCCAAUGUAAAAGAACUCAUCUCCUUGAUUAUCCAAUUCGUGUGUAUAGUCCAAGUCCUCAACGGCAGAUUGCUCAGAUUCGCUGUCGUAAACAUUGUACUGAAUAACUUCUUCUUCUCCUUCGCUUUCAUCUGCAAAGUCUACUAUAUCCUCAUCAAAAUCAGAGAAAUUGUCGACGAUCUCUUGCAGCUCUCGUUCAAAUCUCUGAAGCAGUCUCAACUACUCAAAAACUGGCAAUCACAGACAACGAUAGCCGCAAUCGCAAUAGCUACUAUAGUCUCACUGACUCAAAAAUCAGUAUCAGCUCGAAGUAAGAAGUAA